AUGGCCGACGACCUCUACAGUAGCACCUUCUCUGCUUCUGAAUCAGACUUCUCCUCCUCAUCUUCAUCCUCAGCUUCGGCCGCCUUCCUCACGCUUGAGCAGAGGGCGGCCUUCAUUUUUGUCCUCAUCCUCUUCAUCUUCUUGGGCCUGCUGAUCGUUCGUUGUUUCCGGAUCCUCCUGGACCCAUAUCGGAGCAUGCCCUCCUCCACCUGGACUGACUACAUGGAGAAGGACACCUUUGAUUAUCGAAUUUCCUGACAGGCAGCCUGAGAGGCAGCAACCCUGACAAACAACCAUUAAACUGAGGUGACGAUCAUGCUAAGAAAGAGAAGCACAAACACAAGCGCACAUUUCCCCCCCCGGGUGCCUACGGUGGAGAGAAACCAGACCGCCCAACAGCAGGGUUAGACAAUGCUACCAAUUAAAAACCUAGAAUUUUUCAUAUAAUCUGGUAGUUCUCUUUGAUGCCUUGUUGUCUAUUAAUUAACAAACCCAAUACUCAUGUGAAAAGCACGUGCAUUUAAAGAAGCGGUUUAUUUACCAA